CGCCAUGAGCCGCUCUAUCAAGGCGUGUUCUAAACUCUCUCUGUCCAUAUCACUCAUUUUCUCGUUUCAAUUCAAGUUUCGUACUUAAACACUCCCUCGACUAGUCCGUCACUCCCAACACAUCAAAUAUAUAACAUAAAUUCCUCUCUUUCUCUCACACUCACCAACCCUACCCACCAAUUCCAAUCUCUCUCUCUCUCUCUCUAAUCCAAAAAAGCUCAGCUCAUUGAAACCAUGGCGACGCCAGCUCUCUCACACAUAGGCCUAGCAGGGCUAGCCGUGAUGGGCCAAAACCUAGCCCUAAACAUCGCCGAGAAAGGCUUCCCAAUCUCCGUCUACAACCGCACCGCUUCCAAAGUCGACGAGACCCACCACCGCGCCCAAACCGAAGGCGGCCUCCCUCUCACCCCACACUACACUCCUCGCGACUUCGUCCUCUCAAUCCAGCGCCCCAGAUCCAUCAUCAUCCUCGUCAAGGCCGGCUCCCCGGUCGAUCAAACCAUCGCCGCCCUCUCCUCUUUCAUGGAGCCAGGCGAUUCCAUCAUCGACGGCGGCAACGAAUGGUACCUAAACACCGAGCGCCGUAUCGAACAGGCCUCGACGCAAGGCUUGCUGUAUCUCGGCAUGGGCGUAUCGGGCGGCGAAGAAGGUGCCCGAUACGGUCCUUCGUUGAUGCCCGGAGGUUCUUAUCAAGCGUAUUCGAAUGUCCAGAAUAUUCUUCAGAGAGUCGCGGCUCAGGUCGACGACGGUCCUUGCGUGACCUACAUCGGCGAAGGCGGUUCCGGCAACUUCGUCAAAAUGGUACACAACGGAAUUGAAUACGGCGACAUGCAAUUGAUUUCCGAAGCCUACGAUGUGUUGAAGAAUAUCGGCGGGUUGUCGAAUUCGGAGCUCGCCGAUAUUUUCGCCGAGUGGAAUCGCGGCGAGUUGGAGAGCUUCUUGGUGGAGAUUACGGCGGAUAUUUUUAGGGUUAAGGAUGAGUUUGGCGAGGGCGAAUUGGUGGAUAAGGUGUUGGAUAAGACGGGGAUGAAAGGGACUGGGAAAUGGACUGUUCAGCAGGCGGCGGAGCUUUCGAUAGCAGCGCCGACGAUUGCGGCGUCGUUGGAUGGUCGGUAUAUGAGUGGGUUGAAGGAGGAGAGAGAGAGCGCCGCCGCGGCGUUGAGGGAGGCGGGUUUGAAAGAAGAUGAGCAGUUGGGAGGAGUGAAGAAGGGAAUUGAUAAGAAGAGACUGAUUGAUGAUGUGAGGCAAGCUUUAUACGCUUCGAAAAUUUGUAGUUACGCUCAAGGAAUGAAUUUGUUGAGAGCAAAGAGCGUGGAGAAAGGUUGGGACUUGAAUUUGGGGGAAUUAGCGAGGAUUUGGAAAGGUGGGUGUAUUAUAAGAGCUGUGUUUUUGGAUAGGAUUAAGAAGGCUUAUAAGAGGAAUCCGAAUUUGGCGAGUUUGGUGGUGGACCCGGAGUUUGCUAGGGAGAUGGUGCAGAGGCAGGCGGCGUGGAGAAGGGUUGUUGGGUUGGCAGUGUCAGCGGGGAUUAGCACGCCGGGGAUGUGUGCUAGUCUGUCGUAUUUUGAUACGUAUAGGCGGGCAAGGCUGCCUGCAAACUUGGUGCAGGCGCAGAGGGACCUUUUCGGUGCGCAUACUUAUGAGAGGAUUGAUAGGCCCGGUUCGUUUCAUACUGAGUGGACUAAACUUGCUCGCACGAGUGAGAAUUCUGGUGUUGCUGCUCUCAAUUGAGCUUUUUUUGUUUGUUCAAUCGUUUUGUUACUUGUUGUGUUUUGAUGUCGAUGAUGAUUAUCAUGAUGAUGAUAUUUGAAUUACAGUUUGUAUGCCUUGGUUAGGAUUCUCUGCUUAGCCAGAACAAUCGUUGUUUAGCAUUGCUGUUUGGCUGUUAAUAAGAAAUGCAUACCUUUUGAGUUCAUUAACUAAA